AUGAAUUUUGACUACUGUAUUGGAAAGUGUAGUGUUGGUGAAAACAGUGAUCAAGAAGUUCUUAACGAAGUUCUCAGUAAUACCCCCAGUCACGUUAUUGCUGUAGUAGAACAUGAUGGUGGUUGUGAAGUGUUUCCAUAUGUAGACAGGUCCUCUUCAAAAUGCAGUCCGUUAGAACUCCGGAAAAACGUUAGCAGCAAUUUAUAUGCACCGUGGCUUUUGGCAAGCCUUUGCGAUCGUCUUGGAAUUCAUUUUACAUAUGUGGGUAGUGGGGAUAUCUUUCACUACGAUCAAAAACAUCCAAUUGACGGCGCUGGAUUCCAGGAAAAUAAUUAUAUUAAUUAUGUGGGCAGUAAUGUAACUGUUGUUAGAGGGUACACCGAUCGUUUAAUGCAGUUCUUUCCAAACGCUUUAAACGUCCGUUUAAGGAUGCCGAUUGAUUUCGAUCAAAAUCCUCGUGAAUGGCUGAAAAAGCACAGCAUUAGGAGUGAAGAAAUGAAAGCUGCCGAAUACUUUGAUUUCCCAGAAUCAGUAACUGUGCUGACAUCUUGUAUACCUAUUCUGUUGGAGAUGAUCAUUAACAGAACUCCGGGCACUAUUAAUUUGGUUAAUCCUGGACCCAUUCGUUUGUCGGAAGUAGCUGAAAAUUUCAAAAAUCUUGUUGACCCAGCUUUUACUUACAGAGUUAUAGGAUUAGAAGAAAACAGGGAACUGGUGGAGCAACAGUCGCACUGCAGGCUUGAUACGAGCAAACUGGAGCGAAUUCAUCCAGGUAUUAAAACUGCUGCUGAGGAAAUACAUAAGCUUUUUGCUGAUAUUAACAGGAAGAGUAAUCGGAAUUUUUUGCAGCAGGCUUGA